AUGGGAGCAAAUCCUUCAAAUGAUAAUUUCUCAGCUUCAACAUCUGCAAUGAAAUACUCUUUAUCGCUUGUUAUUGUGGUGCUGAUGCAAAUCAAAGCCUCGGAUGGCUCAGUGCAUUUCCUUCUUCCUGGGACUGGAGAUGAUACGCCACCACAGAGCAGUGUUGGGAACUGUUACACAUGGGGUCGAGGAGCAUUUAGAACUUUCCAAGAUGACUUUUUUUAUUUCGCAUCCAAGUGCAACUUCAUACUGAGCCGACAGUGCAAGGGUCCCGGAGAGGAUUUUAACAUCCAGAUCCGCAGGGGAACAAAUGGCAACCUGGAACACAUCCACAUGCUAAUCGAAGGGGUCUCUGUUGUUACAGUGAAUGAAACAGUGAGAGUUAAAGAUGUGACGAUAAAACUGCCAUAUGAUGAUAAGAUCAUUGCUAUCCAGAAAUAUGGAAUUUACACAAGGAUUUACAACAGGAAGCAUACAAUAUCUGUUAUCUGGAAUCAUCAGGAUGCAUUGUCGGUAACUCUUGACACUAAAUACAAAAACCAAACCUGUGGCCUUUGUGGGAGUUUUCAAGAAGGAACUGGCAUCAAUACCGACUCUGAUAAUGCUAUAUAUAACAUCAUGGUUGCGAAUCAGCUGGAUGUUCUGGGUCAAGUAUGUGUUAACAACCAACCUACAAGUUCAACAUGCUCAGCAUCUUUGAGCUGCAUCAAGCCACUUUCGAUGUAUUUUUCAAUAUGCUUUGCAAAUCCCACCUUCACUAAUGAAUACUUACAAUUAUGCAAGAAGGAUGUAUGUGCUUGUGGAAAUAAGGAAGAGUGUGCAUGUGCAACAUUUGAAGAACUAUCACGGCAAUGUACAAAUCUACCUGUAAGAAGUGAUAAUGAAGACUACUUCUACGGAAUAGAUUGGAAGGAGUGGAGCUCUAUAGUUAGUUGUGUGCGUCCUGAUUGUCCUGAAAAUCAGUUUUACCAGGAAUGUGGUGCAGCAUGUAUCCCAACCUGUUCUGACCCAGAAACACAGCAACAAUGUGAUCAGUGUGUGAAUACCUGUGAAUGUCCAGAAGGCACUGUAUAUGAUGAUAUAAGAGACACAGGCAAGUGCAUUGACAAAACAGCAUGUCCUUGUGAAUACGGUGGAAUGAUAUAUAACUCUGGACAAAUACGAAACAUGUCCUGCCAUUCAUGUGUUUGUCAGAGCGGAAUGUGGGACUGCUUUGAUAUCAGUUGCCCUGGAAGAUGCAAAAUUGAAGAAGGAACGCACUUUACGACAUUUGAUAACAAGUAUUACACAUUGAAAGGAGAUUGUCUCUACUAUGCUGUUGUUACCUCAUAUGCAUUCACUAAUGAUGGUAAUGUGUAUUCUGAAGGGAAUAAAGUUGGACUUCCCCUAGCAAAAGGUGAUGUGAUAAUAUUUCAACAAUCCUCAAUGUUCAUUCAAGUAGCAAUGGAUUCUGGUAUGAAGAUGCAAAUACAGACAUCUCCCAUCAUGCAGCUUUACAUCUCACUGCCUGAAACUGCUCAGGGAAGUACAAAAGGACUGUGUGGCGUUUUUAAUGACAAUGCAAAUGACGACUUUCUAUCUGCACAUAACAUUGUGGAAAAUGCACCUGUUACAUUUGCUAAUUCCUGGGAAGCAGAAAGCAAUUGCCCUGGAGCAUCAAUAUUUGAUCCAUGUGUCAGUUCAGAUAAUGAUAACUCAUGCAGUUACUCUCAGGUUUUUGAGAAUGACAUGAGAACAUGUAACCGCACAUGCAGAUCAUUAUCAGAGAAUGAUUAUACCUGUGGCGUUCAUGAUGUUCCAGUUUAUGGAUGUGGCUGUCCUGAGGGAAAGUACAUGGAUGAAAACGGAGCCUGUGUGGACAGGCCUGACUGCUUAUGUUAUGCAGCAGGGCGGUUUCUGGAGAAAGGGCAGAGUAUUAAUAUGCACGGCCGAUCUUGCAUUUGCCAAGAUGGAAAACUUCAUUGCUCUCCAGUAAUAACGACCUCCCGGCCUCCAGAUUGUCCACAUGGGAAAGUGUUCAUUAACUGUAACAGUGAAGCUGCUCUUCCUGCUGAAAACUUUUGUGAGCGAACAUGUCGAACUCUGAAUACACCAUGCAGUCCAUGUGUGUCUGGCUGUGUCUGUCCCCCUGGUCUUGUGGAAGAUUAUGAUGGAAACUGCAUUGCUCGUGAAAACUGUUCUUGUUUAUUUAGUGGUGAAGUUUACAGUAAUGGCAGACAAAUUCAAAGAGAUUGCAAUAAAUGCACAUGCCAGGCAGGAAUGUGGAAUUGUACUCACAAGGAAUGCCCGAAGACCUGUGAAGUUUAUGGUGAUGGCCACUAUGUAACUUUUGAUGGAAAAAGAUAUGUCUAUGAUGGAAACUGUGAAUAUAUUUUUGUUGAGGACCAAUGUAAUCGUCGAAAAGGCACAUUCCAAAUACUCACCGAAAGUGUUCCCUGUUGUGAAAGGGGAAUGACUUGUUCAAGAAAUAUCAGGAUUUUAUUUGAGGGUAAGCAACUCAUUCUAACUGAUAACCAUGUGGAAACAGUUGAGAAGUUUACAAAUCAAACCCAGUGCACAAAUGAGUUCUAUUCUCGCCAUACUGUUGGGCUGUAUUUGAUCCUUCAAUUUUCUCAUGGAAUCACCGUGAUAUGGGACAAAAGCACUAGGUUUUCAAUCACACUGGAUUCAAGAUGGAAAAACAAUGUAUGUGGUCUGUGUGGGAACUUCAAUGAUGAUGUUUCAGAUGAUCUAACUACAAAAGACAACUCCUUGGUGACCAGUGCAGUGGAAUUUGGAAACAGUUGGAAAUGUAUGGCCUGCUCAGAUACAGUCAAUCAAACAUCACCAUGUGAUCGAAACCCUUACUGUUUAGCAUGGGCACAGAGGAAGUGUGGCAUAAUUAAAACUGUCGAGUUUCAAGCAUGCCAUAGAAAGGUUGACCCAACUCCAUUCUAUGAUGCCUGUGUCCAGGAGGCUUGUGCAUGUGACUUGGAAGGGAAAUAUCUGGGUUUCUGUACCGCUGUCGCAGUGUAUGCAGAAGCCUGUAAUAAAGCUGGCGUUUGUGUUGACUGGAGAACCCCAGAACGAUGUCCUGUGUAUUGUGACUAUUAUAACACACCUGGUGAAUGGAGUUGGCACUAUCAGCCAUGUGGAACAUUAACAUCAAAAACAUGCUCAGAACAUAGCAUUGGAAAGAAGUACUCUGCAAUUCUUGAAGGUUGUUAUGCAAAGUGUCCAGAGAAUGCUCCUUAUCUGGAUGAAAACAAAAUGAAGUGUGUGAACAUGUCUGACUGCACUUGCUAUUAUAAUGGAAAAAUACUGGAACCUGGUGAACAAAGCAAUGACUGCAGUAAUUGUGCCUGCAUUGAUGGAAAAAUUAUCUGUCCAGGUAACUGUGUCCUUUAUUAA